CAACAUGCAUGAGUGUCAGAAAACGCAGCAUGUAAAAGAGCAAAGUCCUGUGGUGAUAAGCGGGAGGAUGGCAGAAGAACAUCCGAAGACCUCGGAGUUGCCCGAAGACGUGGAAACGGACGACUGCAUGACCUCUUAUACCUAUAUUUACAGUCCGGAUCUACUCAAGGACAAAGUGGCUAUUAUAACUGGCGGCGGAUCUGGAAUUGGAUUUCGUAUUGCUGAAGUGUUCAUGAGGCAUGGCUGUGAUAUAGUGAUUGGUAGUCGGAAUCUGGAGCGGCUCACUGAGGCUUCUAAGAAGCUGAUUGCUGCCACUGGGCGCCGCUGCCUGGCAGUGGCCGUGGAUGUCCGGCAGCCAGAAACUAUUUCCGCCGCUGUAGAGGAGACACUGAAAGAGUUUGGAAGAAUUGACAUCCUCAUCAACAAUGCUGCUGGUAACUUCUUGUGCCCUGCCACUUCACUGUCCUUCAAUGCCUUUAAGACAGUGAUAGAGAUUGACACCAUGGGUACAUUCAAUGCAAGCAAGGUGGUCUAUGAGAGGUGGUUCAAGGAUCACGGAGGAUCCAUUGUAAAUAUCUCGGCUACACUGGGCUACAAGGGACAGGCCCUCCAGGUACAUGCUGGGUCUGCUAAGGCUGCCAAUGAUGCCAUGACGAGACACCUUGCAGUGGAAUGGGGACCAAGUGGCGUUCGUGUCAACACCUUAGCUCCUGGACCAAUUUCAGGCACAGAGGGAUACCGCAGGCUGGGUGGUCUGAGUGCGGAGACCAGCGGUGUGUUCCAGACCAUUCCGCUGCAACGGGCAGGGAAUAAAACGGAGAUGGCCCACGGGGUGCUGUUCCUGGCCAGCCGCGCCUCCUCCUACGUGACAGGCGCGUGCCUGGUGGCUGACGGGGGAAGCUGGCUCACAUCUGCCAACAACUUAACUGCGCUCCUGGGUAUAGCCUCCUCCCAAUCUGCUAAACUCUGACUCUUCUGACUCCUCGCCCAUCCCAGAUUACUGGUCAGCUGGAUUGAAGAGAGACAAGUAGCAUUCUGAAGAUGAAGUUACAGCAUCUGAAAUGGCAUCUUCUGUAACUUCAAAUGGAUGGAUCUGUCUGAGUGUGAUUUAGGCUAUCACAGAUAAUAAGGGACAGGGUGAAGAAAGAUAAACUGGCCACAGACAGGACCAUAUUCAAACAGUUUAGUUAUGAUCAGAGACUUAACUUGGCACACCACUUUGAUCAUCUGUGUUGACCCCUCCCUCCCCAGGGAUCAAACAUAUUCAUGCUUAGUUUGUGAAACAUCAUUUCCAAUUUGACAUGUUUCUGUUUAUAUUGUGUCAUCGUAUGGUCCUGAAUAACAUGUUAUUGUUUAUGUGUUUAUUCAUUUUAGUGUGAAUUUAUCACUGUAUCUCAUCUUUCAUUUAGAACAAUAUUCUGGAAAACAUA